AUGUCUCUCCCCAAAAGUCUUCUGUUGCCAAGACUGAGUCAGGUGAAGGUCAUCAACAGAGCCCUUCAGACCAGCUCUGUCCGGCCAAGCGGGCACCAUCUCGAAUACUGGUGGGGUCCAGAAAAGGCUGCCGGACGUGAACAAGUUGGCCACGGUGUGUCUGGUGAACCCGUAAGCUUUUAAAUAGUUUUUUUUGUUAGUUUAGGUUUUGAUAUGAAGUAGAAUGCUUAUUAUCUUUGUUAAUAUUUCUUAAAUCUGUUACAGAAAUUUGUUUGAUACAUAGAUUUGUCCUGAAAAUGAGGUUUGCAACGCCAAUUUUUGUAUUUAAAAGUUUGAUGUGUUAUUUUACGCCCUGCUUUUACUAGGUAUCAAAAUUGUUUUACGAUUUUAUGUUUAGAAAUAUGUUUUUAGAUUUACUUUGACCGUCUGGACUACUGGUACCAAGGAAUCAGAUUCCGCAAGGAGGAUGGUGUUAUUGCUCCAAUCAGAACCAAGGAACAAGGUGACUGGAAGAACCUGAGUCUUGAGGAAAAGAAGCUUCUCUACAGAUACAGUUACCGUCAAACUUUGUCUGAGUUCCGUGCUCCAAGCGGUUACUGGAAGCCUGGAUUGUCCAUCGCCUUGUUUAUCUUUGGAUGUGCCACUUUGUACGCCACCUUCCUGAACCACUUCGGUAUGUUUGUUACUUAUUUUUUUAUAAAUUUAAUUUUAUUAGCUACUGCUAGAGUUAGAUAAUUAGCACGAUUGUUGAUCUAUAGGCAUGUUACAUUUAAGUAAUUAGUUAGUUUUUUGAAAUAAUAAUAUAUAAAAAUUAUCAAGACUAUUUUCUAAAAUUGUUUUAGUUUUAAUACCUAAAUUUUACGUUGCUUUUUUCAGUGUACCCAAAACUUCCACCAACCUUCCAGAACGAGUUCAAGGAAGCCGAAAUCGAAAAGGCGUUGGUACUCCAAAAGGGACAAUUCCUCGGCGCUCCCAAAUAUUUCGACUACGAGAACAACAGAUGGAAGUAAAUCUAGUUUGCUCAUGUUUCAUGCAGGAGUCGAUAUUAGUGAACAUAAAUUUGAGUUUGAUACUUAGGUUGUUUUGUAUAGAAUAUUAUAGUACUGUUUGUGUCAUAGUAGGCAUCGGAUAUGUUGUAAACCGUGGAAUAAGCGGUGGUAUCUAUUUUGAGCCAUUUCAAUUUUUGGAAAAUUCAUUUUGCUUUCAUAAGAGAAAAAGCAAGCGUUGUUUACGAAAAACUAAAACAACAAACACAUUGCGAAACCAGAAAAAGUUUUAUCAAUACAUCUAUAUUGCUUUUGGUCGUGGUAAUGUCGAUGUAAUUGGACCAUAAAUAACGUGUUGCAGACUGAUAGAUAACCUUUGAAGGGUGAAGUUCACCACAACAAAAGAUAACAACGUGUUUUGUUUGCUGGUCGCAAGGAAGUCCCCAAAAGAGGCGGCACGACUGAAUGGGGUGGGGACGGGUAAGAAUUCCUUUUACAACAACAUUCCGACCUCUUAACCAGCCGGUUGGCCCUCUGCAACGUGACCGGCGAGCGCUUCAUUUGGACCGUAAAGAAGAAAUGUCAGCCGACUUGGCCAAAAAGCACGCUGCCAUCAGUUGUGCGAAGCAAGUCCUUAAGAAUGGGCAGAAGAUCGGAGUAGGUAGUGGGACUACCAUCAAGUACCUGAUCGACUACAUCAAAGAACAAAGGGAUCAUGGACAGCUUUCUGAUGUGGUUUGUGUUCCUACUUCUUUCCAGGUGAGUAUUCAGGUUCUUAUAGUUAAUUUGAGUUGUUUUAUACAUCUAUUCGGGGAUUUUUAUAAGAUUCUUAAACUUGCUGAUUAUUGAUCUUUGUUAAUUGGAUUUUAGUUUCUUUAACUUUUUGAGACAAGCCUUCUAAAUUAACUUUUGUUAUUUUCAGACCAGAAAACUCCUACAAGAUGCGAAGAUACCAGUAAUAUCGUUGGAAACCCAUUGGGAUCUUGACAUUGCCAUAGAUGGAGCAGAUGAAAUGGACGAUAAAUUCAAUUGUAUCAAAGGUGGCGGAGGAUGUUUGACUCAAGAGAAAAUUGUACAAAACUGUGCCAGAGACUUUUACAUGAUUGCCGACAUCUCAAAAGAAUCCAAGGUGUUGGGAGAGAAGUUCAAGUACAUUCCAUUAGAAGUGGUACCCUUUGCCUAUGUACCAGUCCAGAAGCAAGUCGAGCGCAAGUUUGGUAAGAUAAUAUUCUUUUUUGUUAAAAGACAUAAUUAUUUUGAAUCAUUUCUAAUACUAAUUGGUUUAAAAACAGCAUUAGUGUACUGGAAAGAGUUUAGUAUCGUUUAUAUUUUGAUGAAAUUGUUACCUAAAACAAUUUCAGGAGGGAAAUGCGAGCUAAGGAUGGCUAAAAUGAAAUGUGGAGCAGUAAUAACAGACAACAACAACUACAUUUUGGACUGGUACUUCCCAGCAGAACUCGGCAAAGGAGACUGGUUACGAGUCGACCAAGCUCUACAUCAGAUUCCAGGAUUGGUGGAGACAGGACUCUUCAUCAACGUCGUCAAGAAGGCGUUUCUGGGUGAAAAAGACGGAAACGUGAAGGAAUUGGAACCUUAA